AUGUAUCAAACAAAGGAACUUGACCUAUAUUAUGCAUUUUCAAGAACAAAAUAUCAGAGAGAAUUUACACAAGGCCAAAAUCCGGUCGUAGACUAUGUACAUAAGACAUUUUUAGAGACCCCAAUCCCAGAAACACAAUAUUUACAUGUAAUCGAAAAAGCAACAGAAGCUCCAAAGCCACCAGAACCUAAGGUUGAGAAACCCAAACCAGCUCCUGCCCCAGAACAAGCUGCAAAUCAAAUGGAAUCUAUCAUCGCUAAAAUUAGAGCAGCUCAAGGACUUACCGGUGAGUCAGAAGGACCCAAGAGAGGUGUGUAUGUCUCUCCGUUUGAUAACAAUCCUGUUCCUACACCUUUAAUGAGAGAAAAUCAUAAUGGAACAAAUAUCGGGGAUCCAUUUGGUGACGAUAAUGAAAUUGAAGAUGAAGAAGAUGAAGAUAAUUAA